AUGUGUAGACAAGCAAACUGUCCCACCUGCCAGAAGGAAACCUGGUUUGGCUGCGGUCAACAUUUACCAUCCGUCUUCUCUUCGAUUCCAGCCGAUCAGCAAUGUACCUGCAUACCGAAGUUUGAGAAAGACGGGGUUGAAUAUCCUCCGAAGGUUGGGACUGGAAAAUCCCAGGAUUCCGGAGAUGAGGGAGAUAUUGUUAUACAUGACUUGAAGAGGAAUGUAUGA